CGACCAAAUAGGACAAACAACGUUAUAAAAUUAAUAAAAACUAAAAUAUGUCAAAACCCACAACGAUUAAAGAUGCAAUUAAAAGAUGGGAGGAAAAAAAUCCAAAUCAAAAUAUUAGUGAAGCCUUAGAAGUUGGAUUUCAAUUUCAAUGGCCGCCAAUUGAAAAAAUGGAUAAUUCACUAUCUGCUCUAACGAAAUGCCAGAAGCUCAGUUUAUCAACAAAUAUGAUUGAAAAAAUUGCAGGUAUUAGUGCUCUCAAAAACUUGAAAAUCCUUUCUUUAUCAAGAAAUUAUAUCAAAACCUUUUCUGGUUUAGAAGGAGUUGCUGAUACGUUGGAAGAGCUGUGGAUGUCUUACAAUUUAAUUGAAAAGGUUAAAGGAAUUGUAGUUUUAAAAAAACUGAAAGUCCUAUAUUUAGGAAAUAACGUUAUUAAAGAUUGGGGAGAAUUUACAAAAUUAUCUGAGCUACCAUCUCUAGAAGAUUUACUAUUUGUUGGCAAUCCUCUUCAUGAAAGUACCGAAGAAGCUGUAUUUAGAGCUGAAGCUGCAAAAAGAUUGCCAAAUCUGAAAAAGUUAGAUGGUGAACCGAUACUCCGAGAUGAAGAAUAGUUGCUAAUAGAAUUAUUGUUAUAUUGUUUUUAAUCAUAAACUC